AUGGAUUCAGAUUCGCUGGGAGGUGACGCGGUGCCAGACGAGAGGGCCGCAAUUCCGAACACGGAGCGGUGUGCUUCGGUUGAGGCUGGACCUUUGCAGCCAGAACCCAUCGAUCGACAAGGGCUCGAGGAUGACGAGAUUCAGACACAAAUCGAUCUGAUCAAGGAUUUCCUCGAGAGCCUUCAGAUAACAAGGCCGGAGGUGGUAAGAGUGACGCAGGCACGCCAUGCACUUUGGUGGUUUGGACGCGCUUUGCGUGAAGGGCACAACGGACCAGACCGUUACCAGCAAAGUGAAGUGAGGCGACAUAUUGCCCAGUUCUGGUCGCACUCCUGGCGUGGCAAGAAUACUAUAUCUAAGAUUCUGUUGCUUCUUGUGGUGUACAAUGGCUUGCCAGCCGUUCUGGUUGGCUCGGUGGCUUUUGUGUCCGUGCGGAUCUACAUGCAGCCGGAGCUUGAGCUGCGGCCUAUGCCGAACGCUACAGCUUGGAGUAUGCUGGCGGGCAUUGUUUUCUCAAGCCUUACUUUGCUGACGUGGCCAUCUCGCAGACGAGUUUUUCUGGAUAGAAUAUGCAUCCACCAGAAAGACGAGAGAUUGAAAGCCGAAGGCAUGUUCAACUUAGCAGCACUAUUGAAGUAUUCGCAGAGCAUGUUGGUGUGUUGGGAUCCGAGCUAUUUGCACCGCAUGUGGUGUACCGUAGAGUUAGCCGCAUACUUGAAAUGUCACCCAGACGGUCAGCUGAUCAUCAGGCCUGUCAGCUGGGGACCAUGCACCAUUGCUGCGUUCCUGACUGUGGCCAUACUGCUGGCGGUUGCAGAUAUUCUGCUCGAGCACUUCGAUUCUCAAGCUGUAGCGGAGGCGAUUGCAUUUUUCUUCGCGGUCUCUGUGAUGGCUUUCAUGUAUUUCACGACCGUUGCGGCUCGAGCCCAUUUCCGGGCUGCAAGUACUGUUCAGGAGCAGCUGCGGACUUUCUCGUUCCGCAACGACACAAGCUGCUAUUGUUGCAGCGUGAACCACGUGAACCCCAAGACUGGACAGAGGAUGUUUUGCGACCGCCAGGCCAUUGCCGGAUGCUUGGAACACUGGUUUGGCUCCGACACUGCUUUUGAUGCCAUUGUUCAGCAAGAUGUUUCUGCAGCAUUCCAGCGCGGUGUCAUGAGCUGUUUGUUGCCAUAUGCUUGGCUGACGGGAGCUACGGUGCCGAUUGCCUGGUUUGGCAUUCAUGCUGGACUCCAGUCUUUGUGGUGGCAGGGAAACGCUAACGCGUGGCGGUUGGCCUUCUACAACACUCUCUACGUGUUCUGCACAUGGUUGGGAACCAUCCCGGUACUCGUAGCGCUGUGGCUGCGGAUCCCGCGCUGCUUUCAGCAGCACCGAUCUACAAGAUGCCGGGAGGUGAUGCUAAACAUGGCCUGCUCUGUUUUGAUGGGCAUCAUGUUUUUGGUCGUUCGCUUGGCCGAGACGGCCAUUAUGUUUGCUGUAGGCUGGUCUGGAAUCCUGACAUGCUCGGCCAUUUCUGUACUUGCCGCCACCAUUUGCUUGGGUGACUUGGGCAGGUUCUUUCGUCGCAAGGCUUCUUAG